UUCUCCCGCUCCUUCUCCCGCUCCCGCUCCCGUAUUUCUUUUUGUUGCCUACGAAAAACGCGAUUCAUAUCCGCUCCGAGAGUUCUGACUAUCUCGUCAAAACUUAAAUCCUACUCUGCAUUUGAUCCAUUUUUUUCUUUUUCGUUUUUGAUUUUUUUAGUCAAGAGAAGUUGAUAUCUCCUCGAAUUUAUUCAGUAUUUCUAGGCUCCAUUCUCGAUCGAUCAAUAUCUCCAUUCUCCGGAGCCAUGGAGGAUGAAGCAUCAGGUUUGUUUCGUCGGACUUCGACCCGAACUAGAAAGGUCGCAGCGAAGAUGGUUGCUGCCCUUGCAAGCAGCGACAAUCGUACGCAGGCAGCUCUUGCUCGUCUUGAAGCUUUGGAGAAUGAUAACGCGGGAAUAGAAACAAUAGAGAUUAAUGACGAUGAUGAAGCCUCUCUUGAUGAGGAUGAAGCAUAUAUGAAAAGACAAUCCAAGAACACGAAACGUAAAACCCGGCAGGCAAAAGCACUUGAGAAUGCAAAGAAGGCCCCAAGAACGUUCCUGGAGCUCUUACAGGAGGCAAACCUAGAGUCCUUACCUUCGCAUGUACCCAGUUAUUUGAAGGCUGCAGUGGGACCUCCGAGUUGUACCUCACGACGCAAUUUUUGUACUGUCUGUGGAUACACAGCCAACUAUACUUGUGUGAGGUGCGGGGUGCGUUUCUGUUCAUGCCGCUGCCAGAAUAUUCAUAAUGACACUCGUUGCCUGAAAUUUGUUACCUAGUUUUGCUGGGACUGGGAGACAGGUCGGGUGAGCAAUCUUUAGUCAAAGAUGCACAUUAUUCAAGACCACAAAAUUGAGGUUUCUCCUCUUUUUUUGGAUGUAGUUUAUGAGAACCUGUAAUAUUCACAAGGACAAGAGAUCGUGCAUAUCUUCUGUUUUUUGUUGUAUAUUUGGAUGUACAUAAGAGAACUCGGCGUUAAAAAUGUGGUUAACUGUUGUUUUGUUGAUCCACCCGGUAACCCCAUAUGUUUAUACAAAACCCCAUUUCUGUUGUCUUUUUUGCCA